GGACAAUCGACACAACAAUUAUAAUAUGUUUUUAUAAUCUCAAUAAUAAUUGGUUUUACAAUUAGAUCUUAACAAAUGGUUUGUCACAAAACCGGAAUCUCUUAAUGACAACAUUAUGGACAACAAAAAUUUUAAUAUAUAUUUUAUACUUUUAUUAUACAUUUUAAUAAAUGACACACUUUUUGUUUUAGGCGCUCCCGAUCCGCCACGGGAAUUAUCAAUUGAUGUCCAAUCGGGUAAAUCUGUAGAACUCGAUUGGAAGCCACCAAUUAAAGGGGGAGUCAGUGGUUAUAAAUUAGCAAUAGUUCCGCUAUCAGAACAAGAUGAGACCGGUAUUCGCAAUCUUGAAGUCGGUGCCAAUGAUCCCUUUCCUGUUGCCAUAAGAGAUCUGACUCCCGGGGCUUCAUAUGAGGUUCAGUUGCACUCAGUUUUAUUAGGGAAGCCAUCAAAUGUAUUUCUAUCGGCCAACUUUACGACCAAACCUAACACUCCCGGAAGAUUUAUAGUAUGGUUCAGGAAUGAGACAACACUUUUGGUGUUAUGGCAGCCGCCAUAUCCGGCCGGCAUUUUUGAUCAAUACAGAGUCAGCAUUGUUCCCAAUGAUGCCACACAGUCGAUCCUAUUUGUUGAAAAAGAAACUGAACCUCCCGGUCCAGCUCAAGCAGCUUUUUAUGGUUUAACGCCUGGCAGAGCAUAUAAUAUAUCGGUGCAAACAGUUAGUCACUCACAACUUAGUGAUCCCACAGAAGCUCAAUACAGAACAGUUCCCUUACCGCCAACUAAUGUCACGUUUGAUAGAAACACUAUAUCUUCCUAUUCUUUUGAUGUCCAUUGGAGUCCUCCUAAGUCUAUGUCAGAGUUUGAUAGAUAUCAGGUCUCAUUGGGUAUUAGAAACUCAUUACCGAAAAUAGUGGCCAAAGAUGAUACCAGAAUUGCACAUUUUGCUGAAGAUUUAGAUCCAGGAAAGACAUAUGAAGUGGUUGUGAAAUCUGUUUCGGGAAACGUUGCUUCUUGGCCUGUGUCCGGUAAUAUUACUACCAGACCUUUACCUGUAAUGAACUUAAAAGCAAAACCUGGAGAAGUGUCAGAUAUAUACUUGGAGUGGUCGGCAAACAAUGAAAGUACUCAAGACUCGUAUAUGAUUACAUACCACGAACUCGAAGCUUUCAAUUCCGAUGGUUCGGUACAAGUGGUUAAAGAUACUCAUCUUCAUCUGACAGGUUUGUUGUCAGGCCGUAACUACUCGAUAGCAGUAGUGGCCAUAUCUAAAAAUGUUUACAGCGAAAACACUGUUGUCUAUCAACCCACUCGACCUGCCAGUCCUGUCAUUGGUGUUGUUGAGCCUAUAUCUGGUCAUAGUCUGAAUGUUUCGUGGAAAUGGGAUGUGACUUCUAAGCAAGAUUCUUAUAAAAUUGUGUGGACACGCAGUGAUACUAAAGAGAAGAAAGAGGCAGUUAUUAAAAAUAAUUGGCAUCUUCUUGAAGAUCUUUAUCCUGGAGCUGGUUAUGAAAUAUCAGUGUCGGCUAUAAGUUAUGGAUUGAUGUCUGAACCGCAUUCAUAUUUCCAGACUGUUGUUCCGCAAUCUCCCGAUAAAUUCCAGAUAGCAAUGCAUACUAAUUCAUCAUUAAGUCUUACAUGGAGUUCUUCAACAGAAUCUCUUGUCGAUCACUAUAUUAUUCGUUACCGACCUAUCGGUAGCAGUGUUUGGCGUGAAUUGACACCAAUUAAUAGCACUUCGUAUGAAAUUAAGGAUUUAACUGCGGGUCAGAAAUAUGUAGUUAGAGUUUCGUCGGUCAGCAAUAAAGCCGAAAGUCCUGAUAUUCGGGAAGUCGAACAAACACUUUCACCGAAUCCUAUAUUCGAUGUCAAGCAUACUAUUGAUUCACAUAAUAUAUCAUUUCAAUGGUUGGUUCCAAGUGGACGAAUAGAUUAUUAUAACAUUGUCUAUAACACUGUUAAAGAGGCCACAAAACAGGAGUCAAAACAAAUUAAUGCUUCGAAUGACACCGAAAUGAUGUCUGUAUUAAUUGAUUCACUAAAACCUGGAGAACAGUAUUCCUUUCGAUUCUAUGUCAUCAGUCAUAAGAUCAGAAGUGAAGGAAUUGGUUUACAAAUCAGAACAAUGCCAGUAAUUGAUUCAGUUAUUAAUGUGGUUAUCGAUGAACACGAGACUAAAGUGUUGAGAAUUAAAUACACUCCAACUCCGACUCGUAAUGUUGUCUUUGAUAGAUAUAGAUUUCAAUUGAGUGGUACUAACAUUCCGGCGCAGGAAAAGAUGUUUAAUGACACCAAUAGACUCGUCGUGUUUGAGAAUCUAGUUCCCGGACGUCUCUAUAAUCUUAGCAUUUGGACAGUUAGUGGCGGCACAUCAUCUUUACCAAUACAACGACACGCUCGUCUAUAUCCCGAACCGAUACGUUCAAUAUCGGCAUUAUCUGUGACCGAUAGUCAGAUUACACUUUCAUGGGAAGUGCCUUAUGGUGAUAAAGAUGGAUAUGAAGUGCAGUAUUUGGAUCCACAUGAGAAAAGUCUUGUGGUUAAUGUGACAUUUUCUGAAAAAAUUGAUUACUUAAAUCUUAAACCGCAUAAUAAUUAUACAUUUGUUGUGACAACUUUAUCGGGUUAUGGAACCCCAACAAUGCUCAGGAGUUCGCCUGUUUCGCAGACAUUUCUCACAUUAGAAUCAAUUCCUGGAAAAGUUAUAAAUUUUCAGUCAAUUGAGACUAAACCAAAUGAAAUUACACUUCAGUGGUCACUUCCGUCAUCAGAAAUGAAUGGUAUUUUGACGGGUUUUAAAAUAAGUUAUUACAUAAAAGGAAAUCCAGUUAUGAAACAUCAAUUAUUUGAACCGAUUGAUACUCAGGGAACUAUUUAUAAUCUAAUACCUGGCAAACCAUAUGUCUUUCAAAUACAAGCGCAUACCAAAGUGGGUCCGGGACAGAAAGCUAUUUGGGAAGAAAUUAUGCCCAUAUGGUCGGCACCUCCACCAGCAGAUAAUGUAUUUCCCACAGAAGUAGCGCACACGUCAACUACUAUUAGGAUUAGAUUCAGAAAAAAUUAUUUCUCAAAUAUGUACGGACCGGUCACUGCAUUUGCAGUGAUUGUGGCGGAAGACGACAAAAUUAAUACAAAUCAUUUAGAACUGCUCUCUUGGUUUGAUGUUCAGGACUAUUCUGUUUGGCCACCAUAUCAAACAUCAGAAGCUUUCUAUCCUUUUAACACAACUAUUACUGAAGACUUUACUGUUGGUGCUGAUGAUUGUACCACAAAAAGCAGUCGCAAAUAUUGUAACGGACCACUCAAACCGGGAACUACUUUUAAAAUAAAGAUUAGAGCUUUUACUACGACAGAGAAGUUUACUGAUACUGUCUAUUCUUACACAAUAUCUACUGAUCCCAAUAAUACGGCUCUGUAUUUGGGAAUAUGUUUACCAUUAUUAUUAUUGCUGUUAUUAAUAGCAAUAGUGAUAUAUUUAAAACAACGAAGACUCGGACCAUUCAGUGCCACUAAAAAGAUGAAUAAUAUUCACAACAAUGGAAAAGAAGAUUCACUUUCUAUUACUGAAAGUGAAUUAAUAACGAGUCGACCCAUAAAACUGAAAGACUUUGGCGAACACUUCCGCAUAAUGUCAGCCGAUUCUGACUUUAGGUUUUCUGAAGAGUUUGAACUUCUCAAACACGUGGGACGGGAUAAGCCGUGUAAUGCGGCCGAUCUGCCAGCGAAUAGACCUAAGAAUCGAUUUACAAAUAUACUUCCGUACGACCACUCGAGAGUCAAAUUGUUACCGACUGAUGAUGAGGACGGCUCUGAUUUUAUUAAUUCCAAUUAUAUUCCUGGAUAUAACAGUCCCCGAGAAUUCAUCGUAACUCAGGGACCGCUUCACAGCACUCGCGAUGACUUUUGGCGUAUGGUUUGGGAGCAAAACUCCAGAGCUAUUGUUAUGCUUACCCGUUGUAUUGAAAAGGGUAGAGAAAAGUGUGAUCAUUACUGGCCUUAUGAUACACAACCAGCCUUUUAUGGUGACAUUCAGGUGACAAUACUCAAUGAAUCUCAAUAUCCAGAUUGGACUAUAUGUGAGUUCAAAGUGCAACGAGGUGAUCAGUCAAGAAUAGUACGUCACUUUCAUUUCACUACUUGGCCUGACUUUGGAGUACCUGAGCCGCCAAAAACUUUAGUAAAAUUUGUUAGAGCUUUUAGAGAGCGGUGUUCACCGGACAGCAACAAACCCAUUAUAGUCCACUGUUCGGCCGGAGUCGGGCGCUCCGGUACUUUCAUAGCAUUAGAUCGUAUAUUACAACGAAUUAAUAAAUAUGAAUCGGUCGACAUAUUUGGUAUCGUUUAUGAAAUGCGUAAAGAAAGGGUUUGGAUGGUCCAGAAUGAGCAACAAUAUAUAUGUAUUCACGAAUGCCUUCUCUGCGUUCUCGAGGGUAAAGAAGAUCUCAUGGAUUCUCCACGACUUGAAAUGCAUGACAACCAAGGAUUUGAAGAUGACGAGGGAAUCGCUGAAUCGGGAAUUUAACAAAUUUGUGUCAAUCAAUAAUAUAAAUAAAU